UCCCCCCGCGUAUUACUACCGGCCAGGGUACGGCCUCGGGACGAACAAGUGGCUUAUAUACCUCAUGGGCGGGCGCUGGUGCCUCUCCCCCAGUCAGUGUCGCCUUCGGGCUGACACAGACCUGGGCUCCACCAAGGGCUGGCCCAGGCCGGGGGAUCCGGGAUUCGAGACCAACCUUGACAGCAUGGGGGCGGGGUUUCAGGGCAUGCUGAGCGGUGAUUCGUCGGAGAACCCGCUCUUCUAUUCCUGGAACACGGUGGUCGUGCUGUAUUGCGACGGGGGUGUAUUCGCCGGGGUGAAGGGGAAAAUGCUCUACGACCACUCUCAACCGUACUAUCUCUCCGGACGACCGAUUCUGAACUCGAUUCUGGGAGAUCUCAACAACAAGGGCAUGCAGCGAGCGGAUUCCGUCCUCCUUACAGGCUGCUCUGCUGGCGCUAUAGCUGUGUCCAUGGCAUGUGAUGCCAUGGCUCAGUUCCACUUCCCUCGCACCGCCAAAGUCAAAUGCCUCAUGGACGCUGGCUUCUUCAUGGACACCCCUGACAUCAGCGGGCAGUACAGCUUUCGAGGCAUCGUGCUGCUGACGACGACUGUCGUACGG